UUUGGUCUUUAUUCUUCAUUCACAGGUAAUUUCUACUAUAUUUCAGUUUUGCUAACCUGCUUGGUGCAUAUUUUUAGUUAUUAUUGUUUUCAAUAUUUCAAGUCAAUAGUAAUUUAUAACAUAAGAGUGUUGCAUAAUCAAAAAUUCAUCAUGACCAGCACUGUCAGCACAAAAGAAACAAUAAAAGGAAAAAGAAAAUUCAAGAAACAGUCAAACUCUUCAGUCCAUAUAACUACAAUGGAGAGCAAGAAGCGGAAGGUAGAAGAAAUGGACGUUGAUGCUAAUUCAGAUGAGACAGUUCCCUCUGCUCCAGUAUUCCCUCCUGACAAAUCUCGUAAACUUCAUCACAUAGAAGAACGUAAAGUGCGGAUUCCUCAACACAGGCUGACUCCACUGAGGAACAAUUGGAAGAAGCUCUAUGAUCCCCUGGUCACACACCUCAAACUGGCUAUCAAAUUCAACCCUAAAACGAAAGUUGUGCACAUGAGGACCACAGAACACACCGAGGAAGUAUCCAGUUUACAGAAAGCGGCAGACUUCAUCCAAGCCUUUGUGUAUGGCUUUGAUGUGGAUGAUGCUCUCGCUUUGAUAAGACUGCACGACCUCUACCUUGAAACCUUUGAUGUCAACGAUGUGAAGCUGAGCUUACAAGGCGACCACAUGGGGCGGGCGGUGGGCCGCAUCGCUGGCAAGAGCGGCAAGACGCGCUUCACGCUCGAGAACGCCACCAAGACCAGGAUAGUCAUAGCAGACUCCCGCGUGCACAUCCUGGGCGCCCACCAGAACAUCGCAGCCGUGCGUCGGGCCAUCUGUAAUCUUAUUCUAGGAAGCCCACCAUCGAAGGUGUUCGGAAACCUUAAAGCAUACGCUAGUAAAAUCUCCGACAGAAAUUAAAGUAUCCACGCUGA